CGAUCACCUCCCGAAGAUCAGCGUUAAGAUCUCGUUGAUACGCUGAUGUGACGUUCGUCUUCGGAAUUUUUCGCACCAAAGCCAGUGCGACGAAAUGCACCACCACGGGACCGGUGUUCUUGACAACAGCGCAUGGUGGUCCUGGAGCAGCGGCUCAGGCACUUCCGUGCUGCCUUACCAUGUUGCCACUUAACCGUUCCCCCCGACGUGUUCUCCCCCGUCCAUGAGGUUCAUUCGUACUGCACACUCCUUGUCAACCGACGACACCCUUUGCGGACGGUUGACCGCUAUGAUCCUUCAUAAGCAGCACCUCCCAUACACCUCCCAUACCUUCAGCUGAUUCCGACAUGUCUUGCGAAAUGUCGUAUUCUUCAAUCUCUUCACUCGUCUUGACUUUCGCGCAUUCAUCGUCAUCGUCAUCACCAACAAGAUGCCACACGCCAUCCAAACGUCCGAGCCCGGCCACGGCGUCCUUUCUUCUGAGCCUCAUACGACGGGCAAGAUCGUCAAGCCUCGAGAAGAACAAGUCGUCCUGAACACGAUUCGAUGCCUCGCCGCCGACUUGUGUCAACAGUACAAAGGAGGUCAUCCAGGAACAGUGAUGGGAGCCGCAGCGAUCGGGAUAGCUCUGUGGAGAUACGAGAUGCGGUAUAACCCUCUGAACCCGGACUGGUUCAAUCGGGAUCGCUUCGUACUAUCAGCCGGUCACGCCUGCUUGUUCCAAUACAUCUUCCUCCACUUAUCAGGCUACGAAGCCUGGACGCUGGAUCAGAUCAAGAUGUACCAUUCGCCGGCUACCACGGGGUCUAUGGCAGCUGGACAUCCAGAGAUUGAAUACCCAGGCAUCGAAGUGACCACCGGGCCUCUCGGUCAAGGGAUCUCCAAUGCCGUAGGGAUGGCCAUCGCUGCGAAACAGCUCGCGACGACGUAUAACAAGGAUGAUUUGAAGGUCGUCGAUAACAAGAUCUGGUGUUUCACGGGUGAUGGUUGUCUGCAGGAAGGAGUCGGGCAGGAAUCCAUCUCGCUUGCAGGACAUUUGGGAUUGGACAACCUGAUCUUGAUCUACGACAACAAUCGGGUCACUGUGGAUGGAUCCAUCGACAACUGUUUCACCGAGGAUACAUCUGCCAAACUCGUCGCUCAGGGUUGGCAUGUUAUCGACGUGUACGACGGUUCGAACGAUCUCGCUGCCAUCCUCGACGGAUUCGAUCGAGCCAAGAAGCUCAAGGGCAAGCCGGUCUUCUUGAACAUCCGUACCAUCAUCGGCUUCUCCUCUCGUAAAGCCAACACCGGCCCAGCUCACGGUCAAGCUCUUGGCGACGACGAAGUCGCAUACGUGAAAUCCCAGCUCGGGUUCGAUCCCAGUCAAAAGUUCUGCAUCCCAGACAAGGUGUACGACUACUUUUCUGGUUGCAAGGACAAGGGCGCCAAGGCGGAACAAGAGUGGAACGCCACUAUGGAGCAGUACGCCUCGAAAUACCCGGACGAAUACAAAGAGCUCGAAUUCCGACGAUCGGGCAAGUUCGCGCCGGACGGGUGGGAAGAACUCCUACCUGCCAAGGACAAGCUCCCACAAGCCGCGCAACCUACUCGAAAGUCGAGCGGGUUGGCCGUUCAAGCGCUCGUACCCAAAUAUAACAGCUUUAUCGCUGGGUCGGCCGACUUGCUCGAAUCGACGUUUGUCAAUUUCGAUGGCCAGGUCGAGUUCCAGAACCCCGCCUCUGGUUUGGGAGACUAUUCCGGUCGACAGCUACGAUACGGGAUCAGAGAAUUUGCCAUGGUCGGUCUAGGCAACGGUAUGGCGGCAUAUCAAAAGGGGGCAUUCAUCCCCAUCAUGUCGACGUUCUUCAUGUUCUGGAUCUAUGCUGCACCCGCCGCUAGGAUGGCCGCUUUGCAAGGUCUGAGGUUCAUCGGGAUCGCCACCCACGACUCGAUCGGUAUCGGCGAGGAUGGUCCUACACACCAGCCCAUCGCAUUGGCAAGCUUUUACCGAGCUCUUCCCAACAUCAACCUGAUACGUCCUGCCGACGCCGAAGAAUGCAUGGGAAUGUGGACUCUCGCACUGUCCGAGCAGUCGGCGGAUACACCUAGCAUCUUCGCCCUCAGUCGCCAGCCGGUCCCCUUGCUCGCCGGAAGCGACCGUACCAAGGUCUACCGAGGAGCCUAUGUCAUCUGGUCGCGAGGCGACGAGGCCGAACCCGAACUGACGAUCAUCGGUACCGGCGCCGAGGUCUCCAGGGCGAUCGCUACAGCCGAAGCCUUGACGAGCGUCAAGAACGUCCGAGUGGUCUCGAUGCCCUCACAAAGGCACUUCGACGCCCAAGAUGCCGCCUAUCGCCGCCAAGUCAUCCCGUCAGGAAAGAGCUUGGUCGUCGCGAUCGAGGCGUGGGCAUCGUACGGUUGGGCAAAAUAUGCGCACGCUUCGUUGUCAAUGCAGUCGUUUGGACACUCUGCGCCUCAAGAACAGUUGUACGAUUACUUCGGUUUCAACCCGAAGGAUAUGGCGAACAGGAUCGACGUAUGGGCGAAGCGUUGGCAGGGCGAGUCUAGGUUGCCGGGCGUUGGAGAAUUCGAGGAGCUUUUGCUCGGUGUACAAGGUCACUGAGAAAGAUGUCUACAGUAUCGUAGUCCGUUGUAAUGUAACGAUCACAGAUCUAGAUCAAUCACGUCUUAUCGUCUCUCCCUAACAGGA